AUGGCUUACCUGUCUGCUGAACAAAAGACCGAGCUUGCUCGCAUUGCUAACUACAUUGUCGCACCUGGCAAGGGCAUCCUCGCUGCCGACGAGUCCACUGGCACCAUUGGCAAGCGUUUCGACAGCAUCAAGGUCGAGAACACUGAGGAGAACCGCCGCGCUUACCGCCAGCUUCUCUUCACCGGCGACAAGGCCAUCAGCGACUGCCUCGGCGGUGUCAUCAUGUUCGAGGAGACCAUGUACCAAAAGUCGGACGAUGGCAAGCUCUUCCCCGCUCUGCUCAAGGAGCACGGCAUUCUGACUGGCAUCAAGGUCGACAAGGGCACCGUCAACCUGCCCGGCCUCGACAACGAGACCACCACCCAGGGUCUUGACGGCCUGCUCGAGCGCUGCCAAAAGUACAAGAAGGACGGCGCCGACUUUGCCAAGUGGCGCUCGGUCUUGCGCAUUGGCGCCAACCAGCCCUCGGAGCUCGCCGUGUACGAGAACGCCAAGGUCCUGGCCCGCUACGCCUCGAUCUGCCAGCAGGGUGGCCUCGUCCCCAUCGUCGAGCCCGAGAUCCUCAUGGACGGCGACCACGACCUCAAGAAGGCCGUCCGCACCACAGAGUACGUCCUCGCCACCUGCUACCAGGCGCUCGUCGCACACCACCGCACCGUCCCCGUCGCCGUCCCCGGCGUCGUCUUCCUCUCUGGCGGCCAGUCCGAGGAGGAGGCCACCGUCCACCUCAACGCCAUGAACGCCCUCCAGACCAAGAAGCCGUGGGCUCUCUCCUUCUCGUACGGCCGUGCCCUCCAGCACACCGUCCUCAAGACCUGGAAGGGCGACAAGGCCAACGUCGCUGCCGCCCAGCAGGCUCUUCUCAAGCGUGCCAAGGCCAACUCUGAUGCCACUCUUGGCAAGUACCAGGGCUCGACUGACGCGUCCGCCUCCGAGAAGCUUUUCGUUUCCAACUAUUCCUAUUAA